UUAUCAUAUCCAAAUUAAUAUACAUCAUAUUAAUGGUUCUCGUCUGCACACGAAAUAAUAUAAUUAGUACACAUCAACUUUAUUAAAUGCGCUCAAGUAUUUCGAAAUUUUUCGGGGUGCUACACUCAAUCAAUAUUCUUGUAUAUAAUUACUAGUUUCCAAUAUAGAUCCGCCAUUACGCACCGCCCUGCAUAGCCUUAAACCUACCCCGCCUUACACCUGCAAUGUCCCAUUUGCCAUCCCUAGUCACAGAGUGCUGGCGGUUGAACUUCACGGUGAAACUUACCUUAGGGAAAUUCCACAUCAAAAUGGAAGUGAAAAGUUAGGGGCCAUAUUAACUUUCUUAGCUCAUAACGCAAUUCAUAAUGUAGCCCCUCUUGUAAUUGCUUGCCAGCGCACUCUUGUUGCUGAUGUCUGUAUAUACUUACUUCUAAGUAUUAACAAUAAAUAAAACAGCUAGGGGUAUAUUAAUUCAAGUUCAGGCUUCAAUUGUUGAGAUGCCUUUUUGGUUAAAGCCCAACGAGAUAAAAUCGUGAGCGCAAAAAGCCUUGAGGUGACCUACAAUGAUCAGGCCAAAGCGGGACAAAUCCUUGACAGUUUUGUCCGUGACAGAGGCUUGAGUUUACUUCCAACAAUCUUAAAAGAGAGCAAGAUAAUUGACAUGGAGAAUGUCGAGAAAACAGCUGCUCAUGCAAAGCCUUCCACUGAAGGUAGUUUUCUGUCAAAUAAUGAGGAUUUUGUGGGCUUUGAGGAAGAUGUAAAUCAGAUCAUUCAGAAAUUGACUGGAUUCGGAGGACCAAAACAACGGGACAUUAUCUCGAUUGUUGGAAUGCCCGGUCUAGGUAAAACGACUUUGGCUAAAAAGAUGUACGACAAUCCUCUUAUUAUUCAUCACUUUAAUGUUAGAGCAUUUUGUACUGUUUCACAAAAGUAUGACGAGAGGAAGCUAUUGGUUGAGAUUCUUAAACAAGUAACAGGUGAUAAGCGUGACAUCAACGAGGAUGUGGACGUGGCUGAUGCGGUGAAGAAAGCUCUAUUUGGUUGGAGAUACCUCAUUGUAUUAGAUGAUAUAUGGAACUAUAAUGCAUGGGAAGAUUUGCAAUUAUGUUUCCCCAGUGAGGAAAAAGGAAGUAGAAUUAUGAUAACAACUCGAGAUGAAAAGGUGGCUAAGGAGAUUAAGCAGCACAGUGAUCCUUAUUUACUUCGAUUCCUAACAAAGGAGGAGAGUUGGGAAUUAUUGCAGAAGAAAGUAUUUCAAUGUGAGAGCUGUCCCCCGGAGCUAUGCGAAGCAGGAGAAGAAGUUGCCAAAAACUGUAAGGGACUACCUCUAGUGAUUGUCUUGACUGCUCCAAUUAUUGCGCAAAAGGAAAGGCAAGCCUCUGUGUGGCUUGAGUUUGCAAAGGUUUUGAGUUCCCAUGGUUUAGAAGAGCUGAGUACGAAAGCAAUACAGUCAAGUUAUGACGAUUUAAGGGUUCAUCUAAAGCAUUGCCUUCUUUACAUGGGAUAUUUUCCAGAGGACUUCAAAAUUGAAGUGUCUGAUUUGUUGAAGUUGUGGAUAGCCGAAGAGUUAGUGCAAAACAUCGACACAAAGAACCUAGAGAAAGCAUCUAAAGAUUGUUUGAAUGAUCUUGUCAAUAGAAGCCUUCUAAUAGUUUCUAAAAGGAGAUCUAAUGGUGACAUAAAAUACUGCAUGGUUCAUGAUCUAGUGCGUGCGUUUUGUUCAAGUAAACUUGAAGAAGAAAAGUUUAAGCAGCAGAUCGCGCAAUAUAAUUUAUCCCAAACUCCAUCUUCGCAGGAUCCUCACUUAUGCAUGUAUAUCCAUGACGUGCUUGUUGAACAAAUGGAGCAAAAUGGAUAUUUACUGGACAAGAUUCCAAUGGUCGACUCUGAAGAAAGGGAGUCUAUUGAGUUCAUCGCUCAUCCACAAUUCUACGCAUCAAACCGUGUAGAUCUUUUCCCUGUAAUUAUUAGCUUAAGACUUAUUAGGGUGCUGCAUUUGUUGGAUGUCAACUUGGAAAAUGAUCGAGAUUUUCAAGUUUCUCCAGCUUCCACUCUGGGAUUACUAUUUCACUUGAGGUACCUAGCAAUUUUUGUCAAAAAGUUUGAUUUCAAUUGGAUUUCACACUUGAGUGAUCUACAAACUUUACGGGUCCAUUCACAUCAGCGCAUAAAGACAUCACCUGAUAUUUGGAAAAUGACGAAGCUAAGGCAUGUCGAUAUUAGUGAAUUUUCCUUUAUCUGGGAACACAACGAGCACGAAGAAUCUUCACAAACUGUGUUAGAGAACUUAAAAUCUUUUGGCAAGUGUCGUGUAUCUGUGGCUGAUAUGAAUCGGAAAUUCUGGUGGAGGUUUCCGAAUCUUGAAGAACUUAAGCUCUCCAUUGUUAAUCUUCAUGAUAUGCCUAAUCAUUCUUUGUUUUCUACAGCGGAAACUCAUAACCAGCUUCAAUCUCUUGAUAUAAGUUUUCCGAUUGGUUUCUCCAAAUCAAUUGGAUGGUUUAAAUCAGUCUUCCCUUUGAAUCUUAAGGUUUUAUCUCUUGCUGGCAUUUCAUUGACAGAAGCAAUAGUUUCAAGUAUUAUAGCACUGGAAAAUCUUGAGACACUCAAAUUAUUUUUUAUACACUUUACAUGUGAUCCGUUAUGGGACGUCACAAGUAAAGUGUUUAAAGCACUGAAAUACUUGAAAUUAGAGCAAGUGGAUAUGAUUCAAUGGCAUUCCUCAGACACAUCCUUUCCCGUUCUUGAAAAACUUGUUAUAAAAGAUUGUGGACGGCUUGAGAAGAUUCCUUCUAGCUUUGCAGAAAUUCUAUCACUAAAAUCGAUUAAAGUGAUCAACUGCAGCGACUCAGUUGAGAAUUCAGCUUGGGACAUUAAAAAAGAAGCAGAAGAUACCGAAGGAAGUGACAGAAUCCAAGUUCAUAUCCCGAAGAAAAACUAAAGAUGGAAUAGAUGGAAGGGGAGCUUUCGCGUAACGGGUAAAGUUCUGCCAUGUGAUCAGAAGGUUACGGGGUCGAGCCGUGGAAAUAGCCUCUUGCAUAAACGCAGGGUAAGGCUGCGUACAAUAGACUCAUGUGGUCCGGUUCUUUCCCGGACCCCGCGCAUAACGUGAGUUUAUGCACCAGACUACUAGGAACAAAUGAGGCAUAAUUUUGCAUCAUGUGAAUUGUGAUACAUAGAGC